UGUACUUUACACUCCACCGCAAAUACGUUGAAACAUGUUCAACUUUAUCGAAGACCGUUCUGGGUUACUUUUGCGCCAACCCCAUGAUACGCCGGUAUCGCGACAACUUGGAUAGGUGUCCUAAUCUGCGGGCAAAGGAUUCGCUUAAAAGGGAGAAAAAUGGUUUUCAAAUGCCAGGAGGAUAGUUUUCUGCGAGAGUUCAGCACGAAGGUGGUUCAGUGUGAGAAAAGUGAUGGCGGGUAUGCAGUUAUCUUUGAAGAUACGAUUCUCUUCCCGGAGGGAGGGGGGCAACCAUAUGACCACGGACUGGUGGGAGAUCGCAAGGUAAAAUCGGUUGUACGGAAAGGCGCCCAGGCGAUCCAUUUCUUCGACAGUGACGAAGACACGGCACCAUUCCAAGCGGGGGAUGAAGUGGUCCAACGUGUGGACUGGGAUCGCCGCUUUGAUCACAUGCAGCAGCAUUCGGGCCAGCAUCUCAUAACUGCGAUCUUUGACCGCGAGCUCAAGUACAACACGAAAUCCUGGUGGUUGGGUAGUGAGAGCAGCUACAUCGACCUCGAUGCCAAGGACGUUACCGUGGAGCAGCUGGCACGGGUAGAAAAGAUCUGCAAUCAGCUUAUCGUCGAUUGCACCCCCGUCGGAGUCAAAGUCUACGAAGCAGAUGACCCUGCGUUGAGGUCGGAUGUUACUCGCGCCACCAGAGGUCUGCCGGAAGAUGUUUCCGGACCACUGCGGGUGGUUACGAUCGAGGGUGUGGAAAGCAACAUGUGCUGUGGAACACAUGUGCGCAACCUUGGGCAGCUGCAAACGAUCAAGCUACUCAGCGUGGAGAAAGCGAAGAACAAGUGCCUGGUGCACUUCCUCGUGGGCGGUCGAGUUCUCCGCAAGCUGACUGAAUGCUACGAACGAGAGGUUCAAUUCAAUGGUUUGCUAAAUGGAGGCGCCAGUUCCCACGUGGAUCUCGUAAGAAAACUACAGUCGACCGUGCGCUCCACUCAGCGUGUUGCAAAGAAACUGUCCACCGAGCUGGCCACACUAGAGGCGGAAAAGUUGAACCAACAGCCGGUGGCCCCAAAGUACUUUGCGCUUCAUCGUUGUGACGGUCCCGACUCGGACUUUAUCAAUACAUUUCUCCGGAUGGUAAAGUUGCCGGAUUGCUUCCUUUUUCUCACAAACGCAGAGGCAGACAAUAGUGGCAAAGGGCAGCUGGUAAUGCAAGGUAAAGCGGAGGAUAUUGCAGCGCUCGGGCCGGAGGUGUGCAACAUUCUCGAAGGGAAAGGCAAUGGCAAAGGAACGCGAUUCAACGCGAAGGUGAACAAACUGAAGAAUUUGCCACUUUGUGAAAAGCUAGUCCACGAUCGUUUUGCGUCCAAUGAAAUCGUUAUCGAGAAGUGAUAUGGUACCUGAAUGAACGUUAAUAAAGCCAUCGUUUCUGUAA